AUGAUUGUGGUGUUCGUGAUCAAUAUAGCUGAUGAAGCAGGCAUUGAGGGCAUGGGAUCACACUCUUAUGCUCAUAAAAAGCUAGAUCUUGAUCUAAAGAAUAGACUAACUUCUCCGGCCAAACCAUCCAUUGAGGAGCCGCAUGUACUUGAACUGGAAGAGUUGCCAUGUCAACUGAGAUAUGUAUUCUUAUGUGAGAAUAACACUUUUCCAGUCAUUGUUGUUGCAGAUCUGAAUGAGGAGCAAGUUAGGGCACUUGUCGAGUUAGCGGAGGGUUCCAUUCCUAGCAUUGAGCACCAGCAGAGAUUGAACCCACCUAUGCAAGAGGGUGGUAUGACAGUUGUAGCAAAUGACAAGAAUGAGUUAGUUCUGCUUCAGCCGGUUAUAGGAUGGCAAUGGUUGGAUAAAGAUGUGAACUUCUAUUUUGAUGAGGAGUGCAUGAAAGUGUUUGAGUACUUGAAAGAGAAACUGAUUUUAGCUCUAGUGGUUGUUGCUCCAGACUACUCUAAGGUACUUAAUGGCAAAGAAAGACUCAAGAGAAGGUUGAUCAUAUGGGUUCUCUUGCUAUAUGAGUUUGACUUUGAAGACAAGGACAUACAGGGUUGUAAAAAUCAGGUAGCAGACCACUUGUCGAGGUUAGAUGCUGAGAAAAGAGGUUGGGAUGAGCUUGCGAUUGAUGAUUCAUUCCCAGAUGAGCAGGUAUUAGUUGUUACUCUUGACCUCAUUUCUUGGUAUGCUGACUUUGCCAACUAUUUGGUUAGUGAUAUAAUGCCCGAAGACCUGACCUUCCAAAAAAGGAAGAAGUUCUUACUGUAA